AUGGAGGACAGCUAUCUCUUAAGCAGCGCGGCAUGCCUUUCUUUCUUCAGUGAUGUUCUGAGUGCGAGCAAUGUCGACAACUAUCUGGAGCUGUGCCACACCAAGGACGCUGAUGGUGCAAGGCUCUAUGGAUCCGAAACUCCACAGUUCUGGCUGACAGAAGAUCAACUACUGGCUACAGCUUUCAGCUUUGUUUUGCAGAGGGCAUGGGCAGCAAUUAGAUUGAGCACCAAGAAGCAACCAACUGCAGCCAUAUCUACCAUUGUCAUAACCGAAACACCGGGUGUAAAACUACGUUUAUGGAUGGGCGGCCUCUGCACGAAGAAAGAAAAAAGUGCCCCGGAACUUCCGGAGGAGGUCGAUCUCUCCCACUUCCAAAUCCUCCAAUCAAUCGGAAGGGGCGCAUUCGGAAAAGUCUGUAUCGUGAAGAAAAUCGAUACGGACAAAUUUUACGCCAUGAAAUACACGAACAAAAAAGCUUGUCUGCAAAAUAAAGCGGUUGAGUAUGUGUUAAAAGAACAACAGAUUCUUAUGGCGUUAACUCAUACUUUCUUAUGCAAUUUAUGGUACACAUUUCAAGACCAAGAAGACAUGUUUAUGGUCAGUGAGCUGUUCCGAGGUGGUGAUUUAAGAUUUCAUAUUGACUCAAAAUCGACUGUUUUUGACAAACAUACGUUGAAAAUUUACGCGUUGGAAAUUGGUCUCGCGUUGGAUUAUUUGAAAUCAAAAGGGGUGGUUCAUCGAGAUAUUAAGCCAGAUAAUAUUCUUCUGGACGAAAACGGACAUCUGGCGCUGACAGACUUCAAUGUGGCAGCUAUUUGCACUUCGGAGAAACGACUUACAAAUUUAGCAGGGACGAAGCACUACAUGGCACCCGAGUUACUAGAGACGGCCACUCGGAAGUCGAAGAGCUACUCGUUCGAAGUGGACUGGUGGUCCACAGGCGUCACCCUCUACGAGACAUUCAGACGCCGACUGCCAUACGAGAUCCCAAACAACGUGCAACUAUCUGAUUGUUAUCGCUUCAUUAAAACCACAGAUGUCAAAUGGACCAUUCUCUGCCAUAAGGAAAAAGGCAAAUUGGUAAAAGUGUGCACAACUGCUGUGAUUGGGGACGAAGCACUACAUGGCACCCGAGUUACUAGAGACGGCCACUCGGAAGUCGAAGAGCUACUCGUUCGAAGUGGACUGGUGGUCCACAGGCGUCACCCUCUACGAGACAUUCAGGGAUGUUUUCACGACCCCCCUGACUGGGACCCCAAUUUCGUGGAAGUGCUGAGGUCCAUGCUGGAUGUUAACCCGAAACACAGAGUGAGCAGCUGCGACGAACUGAACAGAAUGAAGUUCUUCGGGGGUAUGAAGAAAGAAGAAGUGCUGAACAAACUUGUAAGGCCGAGUUUCGUUCCAUCGGAUAAGAAUAUUAAUUGCAACGCUACUUUCGAACUUGAAGAGAUGAUUUUGGAGGCGGAACCCUUGCAUAAAAAGGGAUCGAUUUAUUACUUUGUUAAAAAAAAGCGACUGAAAGAAAUGGAAGAGAGGAAGAGCUUUGACGCCUAA